AUGGGAUACAUCACCCCAGAGAUCACUGGCAAAUUCCCUGGCUACUUAUCUCCAUCUGCCGGUUUGAAGUUCGCCGAUGUGCCUAAUGGUUUGGCUGCCAUCUCAAAGGUCCCAGCUGCAGGAUGGGGUCAGAUCUUGGCCUACAUGGCUUUCUGCGAAGUCUCCCAGGAACAGACCCCAGGAACUGAUGCGUAUGCUGGAGACUUUGGAUUCAAGGUGUUCACCGCGGCUGACCCGGCUGAGAAAACCAAGAAGCUCAAUGCCGAAAUUGCAAACGGAAGACUGGCGAUGAUGGCCAUCAUCGGCAUGUUUUUCCAGGAUGGUCUGACCGGAAGCGCCUGGGGAGACUGGGCCAACUACACAGCAUCUCCUUUGCGCGCCUUCGAGAAUGAACUCGGCGUGCAGGCGCCCGUGGGUUUCUGGGAUCCCGCAGGUUUCACGGCCGACGGAAGCGUGGAGGACUUCAAGCGACGUCGUGCUACCGAGAUCAAGCAUGGUCGCAUUUCGAUGUUGGCCACCAUGGGAUACAUCACCCCAGAGAUCACUGGCAAAUUCCCUGGCUACUUAUCUCCAUCUGCCGGUUUGAAGUUCGCCGAUGUGCCUAAUGGUUUGGCUGCCAUCUCAAAGGUCCCAGCUGCAGGAUGGGGUCAGAUCUUGGCCUACAUGGCUUUCUGCGAAGUCUCCCAGGAACAGACCCCAGGAACUGAUGCAUAUGCUGGAGACUUUGGAUUCAAGGUGUUGACCGCGGCUGACCCGGCUGAGAAAACCAAGAAGCUCAAUGCCGAAAUUGCAAACGGAAGACUUGCGAUGAUGGCCAUCAUCGGCAUGUUUUUCCAGGAUGGUCUGACCGGAAGCGCCUGGGGAGACUGGGCCAACUACACAGCAUCUCCUUUGCGCGCCUUCGAGAAUGAACUCGGCGUGCAGGCGCCCGUGGGUUUCUGGGAUCCCGCAGGUUUCACGGCCGACGGAAGCGUGGAGGACUUCAAGCGACGUCGUGCUACCGAGAUCAAGCAUGGUCGCAUUUCGAUGUUGGCCACCAUGGGAUACAUCACCCCAGAGAUCACUGGCAAAUUCCCUGGCUACUUAUCUCCAUCAGCUGGUUUGAAGUUCGCCGAUGUGCCUAAUGGUUUGGCUGCCAUCUCAAAGGUCCCAGCUGCAGGAUGGGGUCAGAUCUUGGCCUACAUGGCUUUCUGCGAAGUCUCCCAGGAACAGACCCCAGGAACUGAUGCAUAUGCUGGAGACUUUGGAUUCAAGGUGUUGACCGCGGCUGACCCGGCUGAGAAAACCAAGAAGCUCAAUGCCGAAAUUGCAAACGGAAGACUUGCGAUGAUGGCCAUCAUCGGCAUGUUUUUCCAGGAUGGUCUGACCGGAAGCGCCUGGGGAGACUGGGCCAACUACACAGCAUCUCCUUUGCGCGCCUUCGAGAAUGAACUCGGCGUGCAGGCGCCCGUGGGUUUCUGGGAUCCCGCAGGUUUCACGGCCGACGGAAGCGUGGAGGACUUCAAGCGACGUCGUGCUACCGAGAUCAAGCAUGGUCGCAUUUCGAUGUUGGCCACCAUGGGAUACAUCACCCCAGAGAUCACUGGCAAAUUCCCUGGCUACUUAUCUCCAUCAGCUGGUUUGAAGUUCGCCGAUGUGCCUAAUGGUUUGGCUGCCAUCUCAAAGGUCCCAGCUGCAGGAUGGGGUCAGAUCUUGGCCUACAUGGCUUUUUGCGAAGUCUCCCAGGAACAGACCCCAGGAACUGAUGCAUAUGCUGGAGACUUUGGAUUCAAGGUGUUGACCGCGGCUGACCCGGCUGAGAAAACCAAGAAGCUCAAUGCCGAAAUUGCAAACGGAAGACUUGCGAUGAUGGCCAUCAUCGGCAUGUUUUUCCAGGAUGGCUUGACCGGAAGCGCCUGGGGUGACUGGGCCAACUACACUGCUUCGCCUUUGCGUUGA